CGGCAGAGCGGGACUGGGAGGAGAAGCGUGCCAGCCUGACCCAGUUCAGCGCGCAGGACAUCAACCGGCUGCUGGAGGAGACGCAGGCCGAGCUGAUGAAGGCCAUCCCAGACCUGGACUUCGCUGCCAGGCACAUAAACAAGCCUGUAGUGCCCCCCAAGCCCCAAAUCACCAUCCCAAUCACCUCCACCACAGCCACUUCUCCUGCAGCUGGCACCACGGGGACCUCCAGCACCACGCCCAGCGGGGACCAGCAGCCCAACAAAGUGCAGAUGGCUGCCCAGAAGUUGAACAGCUUGGAGGGGGGAGGUUCACACCGAGGGUCCGUGGAUCUCAGCAUGGCCAGCAGGUAUCGCACAGAGAAGCCCUCCAAGUCCCCGCCUCCCCCCCCACCUCGCCGAAGCUUCCCCUCUGUACACGGCCUCACCACCAACCGCACCGGAGACGUCAUCGUCACCUCCAAGAACAUGAAGAUGGAAGAAGAUGGUGACAUGCCUAAAACUCUGGUGAAGCUGAGGCGAACCCCCUGUGACACCCCCCGCCCCGCCUCCACCCCGCCUGUGAUCGCAGCGUCCGGCAUUCAGGACGACGACGACGAAGAGAGGAUCAUAGCCGAGCUCGAGAUAUUUCAAAGAACACCUGUAAAAGAUUGUAAUAAAAGCACCCAACCAAAGGCCACCCCCACCCCUCGCUGCAUCUUGGGGUCCUUGGGCAGAAAGAACAGCACUCACUCCCCGGGGCCGACCAAGGGCCCCACGGUGGCAGCCCGGCUCAAACACCUUCAGCAAGGCAGCCUGGAGCGGCCCAAAACACGCAAGCAGAAAGAGGACUUCCCCAAAGUCCAGGGCCAGCAGCAGGUAUUCCACUUCUAAACCCUCCACCUGACGCUCCAUCUGCCUCCUCUCCUCUCUGCUGCGCUUCAGAGGAACCCCCGGCCCACCAGCAGACUAUCAGAGAUUACUCAAACAGCAGAGGGGCGACUAUCUACAGAAACCUUGGUUUUUACCAGAUCUUGGUGUGUGUUAUGACAUUUGAGUUACUGGAUCUAACCUAGCUUGCUUAGAGAUCAAGUUUUUGUCGUUCGAUUAUGUUCGAUGUUUUGAUUUCCAGAGGAAGGUCGUGGUGGUGCUUUUGACUGAUUUAAACUAGCUUUACUAUAAUAGUCAGAUCUAUUCACAGACAUCUUUCUCUUCCAUAAUAAUCUACAGUGAUGCCACGGAACAAUUUCAUAUCAAAUUGAUAUUUCCCCAUGAUCCAGCCGUGUAGUCUCUCCCUGACUCCUCAUCUCUCCCUCUCUUCUUCACACUGUCUCAGUGCUCUGCUGGUGUUGAACAGCCAAGAGGCCAAUCCAACAAGCUAGCUUACGCUGAACUGCCUUUUAACAGCUCUAAUGCUACGACACAUUAUGCAAGAUGGCAAGAGUGAAGCACAAGAUGCAAGGUCGCCAGGAAAAGGUUGUUUAUGUGGAGGAGCCUUUCAGUUUAAUGUGUGCAGAAACACAUAUAAGAUAGGUACAAGAGAAGAAAUUGAGAACGAACAAAACACAUACUGUAUGGAAGUUAAACCAGGAUUGAAAUCAUUCAAGCAACUGUAUCUGAUUAUGAAAUGAAGACCACUGAUAUAUAACUUUAAAUUGUUUUAUUUUUAAGACCCCCACUACUUUUAGUUUGAAUAUCCCAUUUCAAAAUGUCACUUACUUGUAGGACAAUAUACGUGCGUUUUUUCUUUCAAGAACCAUUUUUCAGACAAAGUUUGGACAUUUAAUUUUCUUGUGAGUGACAGUGAUGUUAUAGCAUAGCAUAGGGGUCUCAUUCUCAGUGAUGAAAUGCACGGCUUCUGUUUGUGUGAACCCCUGACCAGGUCAAAACAAUGGCCUGCAGAUGCUCCAUCAACCUGGUCAUCAGCGUGGUGCACACAUCUGGGGGGGGCAGACCUGCACGACAACCUCAAUCCCCGUCAUCCCUGAAAUAACCACAUCCCCAUUGAUUUCAGGAAAGCAGAAAGUCUACCUAUAUUACAUCUCAGACUAAAAACCCAUCUGUUUUGACUGCACCAUCGCCAUUUUAUGUGCAGCAUAGACAACAAAAAAAGGGCACAUAGAUCAUUUACUUGAAGUGUGACAUUUCGCUGUUGGAAGCCAUCACACAUUCUCAGGUUACUGUCCAUCAUGAACAAAUCUAAAAUAUUUGAAAUUGCCAAACUUUUGGGAAACACAAAAAUUCAAAUCACAUCAAUUCAGAUAGAAAGUUAAAUAUUUCUUAAAUAAGAAAAUGUUUCUUUUUAACACAAUAACAUUAGCAACAGGAUGAAUAAAUGGCCCAAUCAGAGCAGAAAGGCUCAUGAGGAGUGGGACACUUGAGAGUGUGUGUGAACAGGAGGUUAGACCCAGUGCUGGGCCUCUGAAAUGUGGAGCUGCUCUCGUCUUAUCUGCUCCGGCAGACCCUCCCCACUGCCCCGACCUGCAGACUGCAGCAGCCUUGACCCAUCCUUGGCCACGGCACUCUUAAAAAAAAUUAAAAAAAGAGCUUUGAGAAAAUACUCAGAAAGAGAAGAAGAUAACAGCCAGUCAGUCCCAGCCGGGGAAGAGCUUAAACUGCUUCACACCGAUCCAUAUUUUCCUCUCCGCACAGGGGCAAUUUCAGGAAUCUGUCCUGAUUCAUUCCUGAAUUUACCACAUUAAACAUGCAGGACCCCAUUUAGAAGUUUAUUUACAGUCUAUAUUUUCCAAACAACCCGAAGUCGCUCAUCCACAGGAGCCCAGAUGUAUUUAGAGGCUCAGCUUUCAUGCAUCAGGUCAUGACUUCUCAGACACUGACUACGUUUACAUGCAAGCUAAUAUUCCUCUUUGAUUUGGAACAGGGCAGUGAAGAGUUUAAAACAGGAAACAGCAUAUUGUGUUUGUUGAUUCCAAGACCCGAGGAAUUGAACUGGACAUUGAAACAAAUAUUCCAAGUGUCCAAACGGCGGUACUACAACAUGCUCUUUGGGCGCCAAUACGGGUACUCUUUCUCUCAAGUCAGGCCAUUUUGGCUUCAUGCGCCACUGAGCAACUUUCAUAGGAAUGAACGGGGUCCGCCUCCAAUGCUGUAUCCAGUUCUCUUUAUCUUUGUUUUAAAUAUAGAAUUUUCCGAUUAAGAUACUGUAUGUGGUGUAUGCUUAUAUUGUUCAGGGGUUUGAACCUUUUUAUGGAUACGUAAAGCGGAUUUGGAAUAUGCAUCUCAAUAGGGGUUUAUACUGCAAAACAAGUAGAGAUGCAUGCAGAAAAGAAAAACUAACCCUCUGGUCGAAAGGAGAAAAACAUUUACUUUUAAAGUUAUGAAAGAAUGUUGUUGACAGAAUGACCAAGGGACACUUUGUUGCAAAGGUCAAGAAUUGCUGCCACGUUGAAAAUACUUUCAAAAAACCUAUUCAUUUUGGUUUGCACGAUGGCAUGUAAAAAGGAAUAUUGGUGGAAUAUUCAUUGUCAUUAGUCAUAAACAGAGUAAGGGCAAAACCCUGAAUAUUUAGUGCCUGUAAACGUGUUCAGUGUCUUUGACAGUAGCUCCUAUUAGCCGUAACAGCAAUUAGCACACGGCUAACACGGCUGACCUCCACUUGACAUGCUGAUGCGGUCCGGCCCAGCAUUGCACCCCCUCCUCACAGACCGCCAGGAUUAGUAUUCAGGGCCGCAGUGUCUCGUGCUGCUCUGAAUAUCAACUCUGUUUUAUUUUCCGGCUCAUUUCCCUUAUUGCUUUUUAAAAAUGUAUCACCCAGAGAGCCUGAAAGCAAACACUCACUUGUUGUUGUUUUUUGGCAUAAAGUCUAUGUUUACAGAGUCAGGAGUGAGCUCAUGGCUUGAUAUCAGAUAUUGAAACACAUCCCUUUCACAGGGAAAGAUUCAAAAUGAUUGCAGACGCAACUGUCAUUUACACAUAAUGGAAGUCAUUUUUAUAAUACCAUAUUUUAUAAUACCAUAUCAUUACAUUAUAAGUUCAUCCCUGUCACUUUAAACUGUACAUACAGUUUACUUAUUUUGACGCCAUUCCACUCACUUUCUUUGAAAAAUCAUCCUGUUUCCUGUUUGGUGAUGGAUGCAGUAAACACCAAAUGAUGCCUGUUCCAGGAUCAGCAGAAAAGUGGUGCAGUGUGUGCACUUGCCUCUGGCAACUGAAUGCAUUUUGAUUCAAAUUGUUUUUAAACCAGAGGCUAUUUUACUACAGCAUCAAUCUACAAAAGCUGACAAAAACAAUGUGGCCACAGCAAACCUUAAGUCUGCUUGUUAUUUUGAUGAAAGUGUCUGCUCUGCUGCAGUGAACAGAGGCGUGAACUGUAUAAUAUCAGGGAGGUGCACCUGUCUGCUCCUCCUAUUUUCCCAGAAUAAAGCACAGAGGCAGUACUGUCCCCCUGAGGCUCCGAGCAGAGCCCUGCCACCACAUACUGUUUUCUGUCAUUGUUUAACUUAAGCUGUGUCAAGCUUGGAUUGUUCCUCCUUGUACAGCCUGUUCCAACAUAGUUACAUACAAUAUGAGCUUUCAGAGCACGUGAAAGGCUUUUUAAAUGUGUUUCAUUCAGCCGGCUGCUCAUCCUCAACGGUCUGCAAAGAAUCCAUCUUCAUCAGAGCAGCCAAAACUCAGAUUCUACUUUGAUCAUUUCCUUUUCACACACACAGUAUCGUCCAGGGGAUUUUAUACUUUAAAUAGGCCCUAUUCUGCUUUUUGGGGUUUUCGCUUUCCUGUAGUGUGUUCUAUAUAAUUGUGUGCAUGUAAAUGGU